AUGUCAGGAGGGGGGAAAUGGAAGGUGGGUGCGUAGCGGGGAGGAGACUGAGGGGGGAGCAGAGGCUAUGUACACAUGGGCUUCAACACGAUAGCGUUCGGCGGACACCUUACUGCCCACCCGAAGUAGACCCCCGAGAGCAUUGAUGUCGCUGUGCCGACUAGAGGCGGGGCCGACAGCCGCUUUGGAACAUACGGUCAGUUGUCAGAACUAACAGGAAUUUGAAGACUGGUACAGUGCACACUGCAAUCAACGGCACCGAAAGGCGAAUAGAAUUGGAAGUCACAGGAACCGAUCGAUGACCAUCGCCGCUGAUCUCCAUUAAUGUGCAUUUUCUCCCGAAGAUACUUGUACCCGAGUUCAGCCACACUUCACGUGAACUUCGGGCAUGUGUCCAGACGAAGUGCUUUACAUUCGGUAAAAGGCUGACUGAAGUCAGCUUCCUGCGCAUAUUAUUGGGCAACUGUGCUGAGCUCGCUGGAGAAAGAAAAAGUGGCAGAAGAUUCACGAGCGGCUGAGAAAUGCAGCCCGUGCCAAUUCCCCUUCGCCUUUUGCUUUUCACCGCGGUUUUUUCUCCCGCGACAGGCGACACGAAAGAGGGGCACCGUGACUGCAGAGAAGAGAGCUUUGGUGAUUGGGCUCAUGAUGUGGCGCUCAAGUGCUCAGACCCAUCCUUUGCACAUCCGCUCCUUGUCCUGUGGUCUUGGUCCGACUUCUCCGGCGUGACGAAGGAAGUUCUGCUGGCGAAACUCCUGAAUGGCAGCGUCACGAAGCACGAGGAGCGGGCGGGGGCGGUGCUUUCCGCACAGACCUGCGUCAACAUCGGAGACUGUACUCUUACCCUAAACCCCAGGAAGGAAGAUGCCGGAUUCUACCAUUGUGUGGUUUGGACCAAUAAACGCGUCACAGAAACCAAGAUCUGCUUGGUAUAUAGAGCAGCUUAUUUCAGAACGACUUACAUCGUGGCAGGAGCCUGUGGCGGAGUGUUGCUGAUUGCAGUCGUCAUCCUUUUGAUAUUCCUCAGAAGGAGAGCAAGGAAUCGGGCUCGUUCUUUGGAGUCCCGGAUGCAUCGGGAAAAUAGUGUGAACCGAGAACCCGUGUACGUUGACCUCAACCUCGCUGAACGCGACGUCUAUAGCAGUCUGAAGUUGUAAGAUCAAACGAUGAGUGAUGUUUGCAACCCAUGGGUCAGUGAAAAGUACCGGUCUGGAUACUUUUGCAAGAUGUAAAACUACAGCAAGCAACUGUUUUCUACUGCACAUUGUCCCACUUAGUCUGGGAGAGAUGCUUCAUGUAAUUUCUGGUUGAAACAAAUAAAAUACACGUUGUUGUUCAA